AUGCAGUAAAACUUUUACGAAAUAUUUACUUGCCUUGGUUGCAAUAAAUUAUACAAUAUUGAAGAAAGAAAACCACUUGAACUACCCUGUGGAGAUAUGAUCUGCUAAUAAUGCUACAAAAAGUACUAAGUCAAAAAAAAACAAAUUAAAUGUCCCUAUGAUAAUACUCAUCUCUGUGCUAUUGACGAACCAGUUUUUGAAAAUAAGUUUUUGAUAAGAAAUCUUCAGAAGCAAAAUUUCUAUCUCAUCAAUUGUUCUGAGCAUUAGGAUAUUCAAGCAUAAGUUUACUGUAAACUAAGAAAUAAGAUCAUUUGUACUAUUUGUAUGAUUGUUGAUCCUCAUCUGAAAUGCCUAGAAGAUGGAAAGACGCAUCUUGAUUUUGAAAGAAAACCUUUAGAGAAUGCAUUUCAAAAAGUUCUUCCUUAUUUCUAUGAUCAAAUUGAAUAUAUUAAGAAUUUGAUUCACAAUGUUAAUGCUUUUGUAUAUAAAGAAAGAGAAUUUAAUGUUGUUGAAAUUGAAAAAAUCAUCAAUAAAAGCUGUCAAAUUCUUUAACUUUCCCCAAUUAAUGAUGAUGUUAAAAUAAAAUUAAGAGAAAACACAGACAUUUUAAACUUUAUUACUAAUUUUACAUUAAUCAUAUAAAUAAUGAAGGACAAUUGCAAGUUCUUGUUCAAAGCCAAGAAGAUAUUAAAGCGAUUAACAUUCAAAAUUAAUUAACAGUGCAUUAUCUUUAGAAGAUUAGUUGACUUUCAACUUGAUGUAAAGUAAUAACCAAAGCUAUUUAAGAUAAAUGGUAUAUGCAAACUUAUAUAUAAAGCUUCUAGAGAUGGUUUUAAAGCAAUUAACUUUCAUUAAAAAUGUGAUAAUCAAGGGCCAAAUAUUUCAUUCAUACAAAGUGAGCAUGGUGAAGUUUUCGGAGGCUACACUUCCCUCUCUUGGACGUCUCCUGAUAGUGGCUUACAUCUUUAAGAUAAUGAUGCAUUUUUGUUUAGUUUAAGUAAGAAUACUCUGCAUAAAUAAUAUCAAAACUUUGAUAAGGCAGUUAGAUGUAACAAAGAUUAUUUAAUGGAAUUCGGUUAAUUUGGUUAUGAUAUUUGUAUUUGUAAUGACUGCAAUCAUAAUAGUGAUAGUUCUUGUAGUUUAGGAGAUACAUUUAUGCCUCCACAAGGGUUUAAGAAAGGAGAUUAAUUUAGUAAAGAAUAUUUAGGAGGGAGUUAUAAUUUUAAAGUAAUAGAAAUGGAAGUAUACUCAGUCACAAUAUGA